AUGGGCUUUCUAGCCUCCUCCGACCCCCAACACGACGCCUACGACGCUCUUCCCAACGCAGAGUCCUCCGCCGCCCGCUUCCCCUACCACGAGAGCAGCUCCGAGGAACGCUCCUCCAUCGAGUCCGCCUCCACUCCCGUCCCCUCGCGCCCCGCGUCUCCCCCUCACCUCACCGCGACCGGAAAGGCAUCCCGCGCCCCGUCCGAAGCGGAAGAGCCCACCUCCCCGCUCCUUGGUGGCUCUACCCCGUACUCUCAGAAGGACAAGGCGCGCAAGUGGUGGAAUAUCGGCAACGGUACAAGCAGCACGGGCUCCCGACGCCGCCGCAGAAAGCGCGACGGAUAUGCACUCAGGAUAGUGCGCAAGGCCACCAGACGGCUGGUCCAGCACCCGCUCUUCCCUCGUCAGCCCGUCACCAUUGCUUUCGCAGUCCUCCUCUUCUCUCUCUUUGGCCUUUCCCUCGGCCUCUCCCUCAAGUAUCUCCUCAAUCCGGACAAAGAGCCGCUUCCCUGGCGAGCCUACUGCGCUAUACCACCCACCAAUACCGUGCCUCCUGCCUUCCGCAGGGCUUCCUCGUUCCCAUACCUUGAUCCGAUACCAAACGUCGUCCCCGAACCGUUCCCUCCUGACGACCUCGACACGCUUCCACCCGCUGGCGUCCUCGUUGGCGUAUUCUCCAUGGACAGCUCCUUUGAGCGCAGGAUGCUCAUUCGCUCGACCUGGGCCUCGCACCCCCGCAGCCGUAACGGUGCCGGCCAGGGAGACGAUGGCAAGGGCACGUCGCGGACCCUCGUCCGUUUCAUCAUGGGCCAGCCGCGCAAGAACUUUGAACGGCAAAUCGAGACCGAGAUGGAAAUGUACAAUGACCUCAUCAUUCUUCCCAUGGUCGAAAACAUGAACAACGGUAAAACGCACGCGUACUUCACCUGGGCGGCCUCGAAUGCCUGGGUGCCACCUGUAUACUUUGAUACCCCCGUCCCCGCGCCCGACGUCUCGUACGCCAACCAGACGGGCUCUCCCCUCCCCCUCGCACCGCACGACCCCGUCUUGGCCUGGGAGCAGCACGCCUCAGGCCACCCGCAGCCGUGGGUCCGCCCCGACUAUGUCGUCAAGGUGGACGACGACGCGUUCGUGAUGCUCGCGGAGCUCGAGGCGCGCAUGCGCACGGAGCUGCACGCCAAGGGCCAGCGACCCUAUGGCGUGGGGAGCUCCGCGAUCCCGCCGCCGCCGUACCUCGAGGACAAGUCUGCUGUGCACGCGGACAACGGCUCGGCCACGGCCGCGGCGACGAACGAGAGGCGCGGUGCGGAGGCGGGCGAUCCGCUUGUGUAUUGGGGAUAUCUCGUCAAGAACAAGUUUAUGGGCGGGGAGCUGUACGGGCUGAGCUGGAGUAUUGUGGACUGGGUGGCGAACGAUCCGACGGUGAAGGGUAUGGUCAAGGGCGCCGAGGACAAGACGACGGCGAGGUGGAUGACGAUUCAUCCGCAGGCGCCGGAGAUCCAGUGGGCAAGCGAGCGGUGCUGGAUGUACGACCAUCCUCGGUCUGGCACGGUAUAUGCACACGGCUUCCUGUUCCCCUCUGAGCGGACGCGAAUUCGCAACUCGGUGUGGGAGUACCUCAGGAGCGCGACGGAGGCCGCCAUCGGCGGCAACUCGCUCACGGAGAUCUCGUCUGCACUCUCGUCCUCGGCGAUCCCGACGCCGACGGAGUGGGCGCACUCGAGCGUGUCGACGUUUGGCGUGCGGUACGUCGAUCCCGCCAAGGACCUCUCGCUCUCGCAGAGCGUGGAGGCGCUUGUGGAGGGCAGCGGGCUCUCGCAUCUCCGAAUGGGUAAGCUCUCCGAGUCCCUGCUUUUGCCGCCUGACUUAGUGCUCGUGUAUGGUAUCGCUGGUGUAGAUGCAUCUCCUGGCGUGGAGAACACGUGGAAUGGACGCGAAGGGCAGGUGUCGCGGUACGAGCAAAAGCGGGUCGGCGGGACGGUGGUCGUGCACUUUAUCAAGAAGAACGCGUGGUUCCUCGAGACCGCGCUCGCGUUGCUCGGGAGCAAAGACUAUACGGACGCCGAGCGGGAGUCGCUCGUGGGCGGGGAGCGUCUGCCCAUGGGCGUGUCGUCGGUGUGGACGGACGUGUCUGCGUUCAAGAAUGCUUCUGCUUCUGCUUGA